AUGGGCAAAGAGUAUGGGGACAUGGUGAGAUACAGGCAGAGAGAACGGAUAUGGGCUGAGAUACAGGCAAAAAGAUUGGCUAUAAGAAGGGGGACAACUACAGAUCCCCGGGCAGCAGCUGAGGCCUCCCGGCCCUUCACCCGGAGCUCCGUUCCCAAACGCCGCCGCGGGGGCACCGAAGGACGCGGCCCCAGCGAGCGCUCGGCCCGAGGAGCGGCUGCCGCACUCAGACACGCGCGGCCGGGGCAGAACGGCCCCCGGGGCUCCCUCCCGGCCGCUCACCCGGCGGCAGAAGCAGCCGAGCCGCUCGUAGGGCAGCGGGAGCUGCUGCCGCCGCUACAGGAUGGACUCGAGGAGGUCGCGGGCGAAGCGGCAGCCACUCUCCGGCACACGGCGCCCGGGAACGGCACCUGCCCCAAAGGACACACCGCCGCCGCCGCCGCCCCCCAAAGGACACGCCGCCGCCCCCCAAAGGACACGCCGCCGCCCCCCAAAGGACACGCCGCCGCCCCCCAAAGGACACGCCGCCGCCGCCCCCCAAAGGACACGCCGCCGCCGCCCCCCAAAGGACACGCCGCCGCCGCCCCCCAAAGGACACGCCGCCGCCGCCCCCCAAAGGACACGCCGCCGCCCCCGGCUCGCUUCUGCUUCGCCCUGCCGCGGCCAUCCAGAGCCAGGGAGAAGCUGCUUCCUGCUCGGCGCGGGGCGGGCGCCGCCGCUCGAAUAGGCGCCGCCGCGGGGCAUCACGGGAGCGGCGGGAAGGCUUCCGGGGCGGCUUCCGGCGCCGCGGCCGCCAUGUCCGGUGUGGGCAGUGGCGCUUUCGGCCGGCUCGGCAGGAGGAGGGGCCGCCCCCUGCUCCGAUCCCGGGCCGGGCCGCCGGCUCCGUUUCCCGGCAGAGGCGCCGCCCGCGCUCUCCUCGCCCCACGGCGAGUGGGACCCGCCGCGUUCGCGAACAGCGCGGGCGCCGCCUCCCGCGGAGGAAGCUGGGCAGCGGGGCCGGAGUGCGGUGCACACGGCUGGCAGGCGGCGCCCCCGGGCUCGGCCCGCAGCAGCCAUAGGCCCCAGCGGGGGGGCGCGCGGUGA